AUGUCUAGUCCAAGGAGCCCCGAAGGCCCGCGAAGAGGCUCUCCAGCCAAAUCGCCGUCACUUCCAAGAUCCCCGGAACCUACCGAGCCUCCAGCAGCUCCAGCAGCUCCAGCACCUACGGCAGAAGCAGAAGUGCCUCCAAUGGCAGAAAUUCCUUUUGAGCAAGACGAGAGCGGAGAUUCCGGCGUAGAUGGCGAUGACGAUGAUACCGCCUCAUCAACAGCCUCUCUGUCUGAGAGCAUAUACGACCACCGCCAGAUCCAUGGCCGGACGUUCCAGCACUCCAAGACGACCGAGUAUUGGGGUCCCAAUGACGACCGCCAAAACAAUGGACUCGAUAUCUCGCACCACUUCAUAACAAUGCUUCUCGGCGACCAGCUGUACGAGGCUCCCAUCAAGGAGCCCCCUACCAGAGUCUUGGACGUUGGCACAGGAACAGGCAUCUGGGCCAUCGACAUAGCUGACAUGUUUCCUUCCGCCGAAAUUAUAGGAACCGACAUAAGUCCCAUCCAGCCCACGUGGGUGCCGCCAAACUGCAUCUUCCACAUCGAAGACGCGCAGCUCGAAUGGACGUAUCCGCCGGAACAUUUCGACUUCAUCCACAUCCGGGCACUCUAUGGCAGCAUCAGCGACUGGAGCGAACUGUACAAGCAAGCCUUCACGGCGAUGAAGCCGGGAGGCUGGAUCGAGGACUUUGAAUUCAACAUUACGCUGAUGAGCGAUGUCCCCGAGGUUCGAGACGACCCUAAGCACAUCUUUAAGCGCUGGUCAGAGGUGUUUACCGAGGCCGGCGAGCGCAUGGGCCGGACGCUGCUCAUUGGCACCGGCGGGCAGAUGCGCAAGUUGAUGCAGGAGGCCGGCUUCAUCAACGUCGUUGAGAAGAACUACAAGGUCCCGAGCGGCAAAUGGAGCAGCGAUCCCGUCUUGAAAGAAGUUGGCGCAUACAACCUCGCCUUUCUUGACGAGAGCCUGGAGGGCUUCGCGCUCUUUAUGCUCAAGGAGAUUAUGGACUGGGACUACAUUGAGGUCCAGGUCUUUGUCUCGGAGAUGCGCAAGGCCAUCAAUAACCCAAAAAUUAGACCAUACUACAUCCUCACGAAUGUCUUUGCACGAAAACCGGAAGCUUGGGAGUAA